AUGUUGAAGCGCCAUGGCCAGCCAGGGGCGCCCCUGUCGAUAACCUGCCGAGGCAUACCAAUUCUCCGUGAGGACCUUUUCGCUUACACCAAUGGCCAUUUCCUGGUCGAUGAAGAACAUCAGCUCAGCCGACGAUAUGUCCGGUUCGAUGUGGAUGCGCUUUGCAAUACCGUGGCCACGGCCGGUGGGGAUUCCAGUCCGGUCACAGCCAUUGAGAAGAUGGAAGGGGGGUUCAGCAAGGCUUUUUUGAUGAGGAAAGCAAAUGGAACGGAAGUCAUAGCCAAAAUCCCAUGCCGCAUUGCCGGUCCGCCCUCACUGACAACGGCUGGUGAAGUAGGAGUUUUAGAAUACGUCGGGAGACACACUAGCAUUCCUGUCCCUCGUGUUCUUUCCUGGUCAUCGGAUAGUUCGAAUGCUGUUGGCGCCGAAUAUAUAGUUAUGGAGAAAGCUGCCGGGGUUCCUCUAUAUGAACGAUGGGGGAGUAUGACUGAAUUCGAAAAGCUACAGCUGAUCAAGAACUUGACCAAGCUUGAGGCUCAGCUGUCAGCUAUCUCAUUCCCUGCUUACGGAGGACUAUACCUCCGGACAGACAUGAGCCGACCAAAUAGGUCUCUCGGUGAUGAAAUUGAUCCAUCCAAGUCUUUCUGCAUUGGACCUUCUUGCGAUAGGAAAUAUAAUCCCGACGUGACUCUGGAAUUUGACCAAGGACACUGGCAUUCAAUUUCAAGCUUGGGAAUAUCCAUUACAAGGCGUGAACUGCUUAGAAUAUCAAACGGAGGCCAACAAAGCAGAUUGGGUUUUUACAAAGGAACCGUUGAACAACAAAUCCAGCUCUUGGAAGUCACAGCGAACCUCAUGAAGCUUUUAGACUCGAACCGAAUAUUGAAGGGAGCUUGUCAGCCCACACUGUGGCACACCGAUCUUCAUAUGGGAAAUAUUUUUGUCGCCCCAGAUGAAUGUUCAAGAAUAGUAUCCCUUAUCGAUCUUCAGUCAACGUCUAUACUCCCCGCAUUUCUCCAGGCGCAAUGGCCGAUAUUUCUCAAGCCUCCGCAGACUUACGAUUAUGUCAAGGGAAUAUUCCAACCACAACUCCCUGAUAACUUCGACGAACUAGACGAGGAGAGCAAAGCCAUUGCUUUCCGUGAAUGGUCACAGGUAAAACUGGCGAAGGCUUAUGAGGUCUCGACCUAUCUCGAAGACAGAGCAGCACAUAAUGCCAUGAAUGUACCCCGUGUCUUCCGAGAACUAUUCACUCGAUGCGGAGAAAUCUCCGAAAUGGGCAUUGUCCCGCUCCGCGAAUGCUUGAUAGAGAUUUUACAGAAUUGGUCAAGCCUUGGAUUCUCGGGGAAAUGCCCUUAUUCAUUCAGCCAGGACGAGCUCGAUGCACAUGGACGUCAGUUUGCGGAAUACCGAGCCUGGCAUGACGUUCAAGCGCUUGCUGAGGAAUGUCUUGAUACUGAUGCGGAGGGAUGGAUCGCGCCGCAGUUGGAUAUAAAUGAGAAGAGAAGGCAGAAUGGGGAGCUACUGGACCUGUAUAUCGAGAAGGUUUCUGGGGAGAAAGCUGCGGAGGAGGCGAAAGCGAUGUGGCCUUUUACGGUUGAGGCUUGA